AUGACAGACUCCUCUUCCACUCUACCGCAGGAAGUACGCCGGACUCCUUCUCGGAACCGGGCUGCCACAUAUCCACCCUGGGUAACACCAAAUCACAACGACGACGAAGACGACCCAGCAGAUCUACUGAACCAGCUGAUCGGAGGCAGCUAUGCCCGCAGCCGUCUGCCUGUCUCCAGGUUCGAAGGUACUUCUCCGGCACGGUGGAGCGCUCCAGCGUGGACUAGUCAGAGCGUAAACCCGGCCCGAGAAGUCGAAAUCGAUCUCCGGAAUCGUGAUUUCGUUAGUGAGGCCGACGAAGCAUCUUUACGGUCCGGUGGAGGCGGGAGCGAGCAAGAGAUGGAGGGGAGUAGGGACAAGAUGGACUCUGCUCUGCCGGCGAACGAUGGCAUGAGUGAGUUGCGCCAACAGUUGCAGCAGAUUAGGAAGUUGGCGAUCUCGACGGAGGAGAAGGCGAGGAGGAUGCAUGGGUUGAUGGUGCAGGAUUACAUGGAUCGGAAUGGGACGGCAGGGAAUGUGUCGCCUAUGUCGUUGGAUGGGGGGGAUGCUAAGUCGUUCAACGAAGAGCCUGCUGCGUUGGAUGUAGGACUGGCUGCGCUGCCCAUCGAUCCGUCGAACCCGUACAAUCUUCGGCCUGGAGAUCUUGAGCUGUCGUUCAGUCCGCUGCCGCACAUACCGACGCCGCCAGAGGAUGGAGAGGAAAACAUGGAGGAAGAAGAUCCCAUCAUAUUGGGAUGUAUGCACUAUAAGCGCAACGUCAAAGUGCAAUGCUUCGACUGCCACCGAUGGUUCCCUUGCCGAUACUGCCACGAUCAGUCACACGACCUACCAUUUCCGCAUAAUUUACGGCGUAAGAUGACGAGGAACAUGAUGUGUAUGCUUUGCCGGACGCCGCAACCAGCCGCAGAGACAUGCGAAAACUGUGGAGAGUAUGCGGCAUACUACUUCUGCCCGAAGUGCAAGCUCUGGGACAACGACAGCAACAAGCGAAUCUACCAUUGCGAUGAUUGUGGAAUCUGUCGACUAGGAGAAGGGUUGGGCAAGGACUUCGUACAUUGCAAAAAGUGCGACGUCUGCAUUUCCAUCGCCACUUCGGCUGCACAUACGUGUGUUGAAAAUGCCACGAAAGGGCCUUGUCCGCUAUGUCUAGACGAGAUGUUCGCCUCCCGAGCCAAAGUGGUCAGCCUGCCAUGCGGCCACUACAUGCACGCGGAAUGCUACCGAGACCUCAUGGCAGUCACCUACAAAUGCCCCGUCUGCAGCCGCAGCGCCGUGAACAUGGAACUCCAAUGGCGCAAACUCGACGACGAAAUCCUCGCCCAACCCAUGCCCGAAGACGACGAAGAGCUCAACGGCCUUCUCCCGCACCUCGAACACGAACCAACGCCCGACCAUCCAGAGCUUUCGCCAGCACUACAACCCCGCCGCCCGCGCAAAGUCUGGAUCGGCUGCAACGACUGCAACAACCGCUCUUCCACCCCUUUCCACUGGUUAGGCCUCAAAUGCCAACACUGCGACAGCUACAACACCAACCAAAUGGCGCCCACAGCAGGGCACAUCGAGUCCGAAGCCGAGCGGCUGAUGCGCCAGCAGCAGGUCCCGCAGCACCAGCAGGAACUCACCGGCAACGCCGUCCUGCGCGCCGCCGGCAUCGGCGCUGAAGACACCCAGGCUCGGGUGGAUAGCGCGUUGGACGUUCCGUCGUCGCCGGCUUCUUAUCUCGCUGUCCCUGCUUCGCCUGGCUCACCAAGCAGCCAGGGGAGUUCCAACGGCCUGCCCUCACCACGCCGGUACUUCGUGCGCGACGACGACGAGCCUAGGCGGCCUUCCUUCACUACGCCCCGCUUCUCCGCGCCUACCCUACCCACCCUCCCGAACUUACCAGAAAUGCCCCGGCUCCCGCGCAUGCCUAACCUGCCUAAUCUCCCGAACAUGCCCAAUAUGCCGAACAUGCCCGACUACUGGCCCAACAUGCCCGAGCUCGGUCUGCCGAAUUUACCGGAAUUUGGCCGCUUCUCUGGCUUACCAUACCAAAUGUUCGAUUCACUGUCGCGCAGCUUAAGUCCUAUGCGGUAUUAUCUUCAAGGGCUGGAUGUGCGGGAUGCUGAUGUAGGACCACGCCUGCCUCCUUGGCGCGAGAGGGGUAGGGAGAGGCGGGCGAGUCGGUUGAGUGUUAGGAGUGAUCCUACAGCUGAUGGGACGGGGGGUUGGAGCGAUGUUGCGGUGGACGACGACGAUGACGACGAUGAGGAUGACGAGCUUGAUGAUGGGGAUAAUGGGGAGAGCGGGAGCGAGGAGAGCGAGGAUGUGGAGAUGGCUGAUGAUGAGGAUGAAGAUGAAAAUGAAGACGAGGUUGAUGAUGGGAUGGAGUUGUUCGGGCAUCGGUGA